CCGGCUGAAGGUGGGGCAGCUGAAUCGGUCUGUGAGCCUCGUCCUUGCUAAAGAGCCAACAAGAGGGCAUUUUACCAUCUUAUUCCAAAUGUAUUCGUGAAGACUUGCAGCGAUCCGCACACGCCGCUCUGUAACGCGCGUUGAUGACGACACAAGCUCGCGACGCAGGGCUGCCUGUUUGCGGUCUGAAGAUCCCGGAGGAGACACACAUUUAAAGCGUUUCACUCCCUGAAGAUCGAUCCUCGAGAAGGGUAUUUGGUUCAAACAUGGUGAAGGAAACUGCUUUCUAUGACACGCUGGGUGUAAAGCCCAGUGCCACGCCUGAGGAGCUGAAGAAGGCGUAUCGGAAACUGGCUUUAAAAUAUCACCCUGACAAGAAUCCCACAGAGGGAGAGAAGUUCAAGCAAAUCUCCCAGGCGUACGAGGUGUUGUCCGACCCAAAGAAGCGAGAAGUGUAUGACCGUGGAGGUGAAAAGGCCAUUAAAGAAGGAGGAAGUAGCAGCGGCGGUGGGGGAUUCGCGUCACCUAUGGACAUCUUCGAUCUGUUCUUCGGCGGAGGCAGUCGCAUGCACCGAGAGAGGAAAGGAAAGAAUGUUGUGCAUCAAAUUUCAGUCUCACUGGAGGAUCUUUAUAAUGGAGCUUCCAGGAAAUUGUCUCUGCAAAAGAACGCUUUGUGCGAGAGAUGUGAAGGCCGUGGGAGUCGCAAAGGUGCAGCCCAGAUGUGCAUGAUGUGCCACGGUUCUGGAAUGCAGGUCAGAGUUCACCAGCUGGCACCAGGAAUGGUCCAGCAAGUGUCCACGGUGUGCCAGGGCUGCCAGGGUCAAGGUCAGAGGAUCAGCCAGAAAGACCGCUGCAAAGCCUGCGGAGGCCGAAAGAUCCUGCGGCAGAAGAAGAUCCUGGAGGUUCACAUCGACAAGGGGAUGAGAGAUGGUCAGAAAAUAGUGUUCCACGGCGAAGGAGAUCAGGAGCCGGGGCUGGAGCCUGGCGACAUCAUCUUUGUCCUGGAUUUAAGAGAGCACCCGCAGUUUACAAGAAACCGUGAUGAUUUAAUGAUGUCCAUGGAGCUGCAGUUGGUGGAAGCUCUGUGUGGAUUCCAAAAGCCUGUUCAGACCCUGGACAACAGAACGCUCCUGGUCACGUCCCACCCAGGUGACCUCAUCAAGCCCGGAGACACCAAGUGCAUUGUGAACGAAGGGAUGCCGAAGCACCGCCACCCGUUCGAGAAAGGCCGACUCAUCAUCACCUUCACCGUGGUGUUCCCGAAGGCCAACUUCCUGCCAAACCCCAAACUGAAAGAGCUGGAGCGCUACCUCCCCGAGAGGAAGGAGGCAGAGCGACCCGAAGGCAUGGACGACGACCUCUACAUCUACGCUGACCUGGAGGACUGCAACCUGGAGAGCAGGCGGCGGCGGCGCAGCCAUUACUACUACAUGGAAGAAGACGACUACCCAGGCGCCACCGGCGUCCAGUGCCAAACCUCGUGAAUCCCUGCUGGUUUGUGUGUGUCGUCCUUUUAACCCGAUUUCCACUAAUACAAAGCACCUUUUUGUUCUGUUUAAACUUUGCACUUUUUAUUUUACUGGUACUGGUCAGGACUUUUCUUUGGAGCCAAACUCAGAAGUCGUCUCAGUGCCAUUUCUUUUCCUUUCCCUUUCCUUGUUUUCUCAAAAAUACACUGUGAAUGAACUCUUGUGUUUCUGAUGCAACAGAGAAAACAUUUUUCUUCUGAAUAUUUCAAAAGGCUUAUUUAAAGAUAGUGUAAAGAGCAUUGCAUAGUGUUGGUAGGUGUGAGUGUUUUGUUGCACAUCCAUGAAUAUAGUGGAGCAAGACAAUGUGUUCAAUCACAGUUGCUCCACUCAGACCAUCAGAAGGUUCUGAAAUGUUCUGUCUUCACCUGACUGGGCGUCAGUCUGUAUAAAUGUGUGCCCUCGUGCGACUAUCAGGUGGGAACAUUCUAAAACUUAACUAACAGAAGAAAAAAUAAUUGUCCUGCUUUCCUCUUCACUGUUCCCAACAUUCCCAGACCGACGUCACGUCCUUGUUAAUAGCAGUGCAGUUAGAAAUGUCAUGAUGCGAUUGCCUCCCUUUUCUUUCUCUCGCCUCUUCAUUUGUCGCCUAGCAACCAAACACUGGUCUCCACAGCUACAAGUCCUUGUUGAACUUGGACGAUCAGAUGUCGCCGAUAUUUUACCCUCUCAAGGGCUAUUUUUGAACACGUUUUAAAAGUGCAUCUGUUUUUUGUUUUUUUUAAACCAGUGGCCAAGCCAUGUGUACUGAUGCGCAGGAAGAUAGUACAUCACAGUGCUGGCUACUUUCUAAUCCCACAAAACAUGAAAUGGUGUCUUCAUGGAAUCGAUUCUAAAAGCUUUCUUUUUUUAACUGAGUAAAAUGCAAUCUGUUAGAACUGUGUUCCCAACAUUCCAACAGUAGAAGUUUCUUAUCAUUUUCAAGGUCAAUCUCAUACAGUUUCAUUUGUGAUAGUUUUUUUUCCCCCCACAUAGUGAGAUUAUUCCAGGAAAGAAAUGUCUGAAAAUAAUAUCAAAAUAUCGGCUCAAUGAUGCAGCCUUGGCCCAAGAUUGCGCUUCAUUGCGAGGUAUGAGUGGGAAGCGUUCGAGCCCCUGAGGUUCACCUUGGUGCCUUCAAACUUUGUUGUGCAAUCCGUGUUAUGUGAUUUCAAGCUAAAGCAAAGACAACUCUGGUUUUAACCUUCAGCAUCCAGAUGUUAGACGUUUAGCAACUGACACCAAAAGUCGCCAGGUGUGUUUGGAGUUCCUCAUCUUCUGGCCAAGACUGCAGCAUUUCUCGUUUCAUCUAUUGGUAAAUGCCAAAGUGUCGAGUCGGCACAGAGUACUCUGCUGUUCAUACCUCAGUGUUUUGAAAUAACUGGAUGCAUUUUCUGUUGGUAUAAUUCUGCUUUUGAUUGUAUAGCAUUUUUAAUCUUCAUUUUCCAUCGGCUCGUGAACAGGUGCGUCGACGUCUUCACUUGUUUACUGCUCAUGUUUUCUAAUAAAAUAAUCUUAUGCUU